AUGGCUUUCCGACUACCUGUGCGAAGGGCAGUUGCCUCUGGACGACGAUACCUGUCGUCUGCGCAAUCUGCAGCUGCGGCCUCUAACCUCUCCCACGAGGCCCAGCAGUCCAUUGCCCGCGAUGCCGCCCUGCCGAACCCGGAUCCGACCGAGGACUCGGCCAGCGCUGCCAUGGUCAAGGAGCACCAAAAGUACAUGCUCGCCACCUACGCCCGUCCGCCGCCAGUGUUUGUCAAGGGUGAUGGUUCGUACCUGUACGAUCUCGAGAACCGCAAAUACCUCGACUUCACUUCCGGCAUUGCAGUCAAUGGACUCGGCCACUGCGACCCGGGCAUGGCCAACAUCAUUGCGGAUCAGGCCAAGACAUUGUGGCAUGCUUCAAACUUGUACUAUAACCCAUGGACCGGUGCCCUCUCGCAGCUUUUGGUUGAGAAGACCCUCGAGUCGGGGGCUAUGCAUGAUGCCUCGACAGUCUUUGUGUGCAACUCGGGUUCCGAGGCCAACGAGGCCGCCAUCAAGUUCUCUCGCAAGACUGGAAAGGUGCUCGACCCGUCUGGAGCCAAGCAUGAGAUUGUGUCUUUCCACCAAUCCUUCCACGGCCGAACCAUGGGUAGCUUGUCGGCCACUCCCAACCCCAAGUACCAGGAGCCCUUCUCUCCCAUGUUGCCCGGCUUCAAGUAUGGCACGUACAAUGAUGUUGCUGCCAUCAACGAGCUCGUCACUGAAAAGACAUGCGGUGUCAUCAUCGAGCCCAUCCAGGGCGAGGGUGGUGUCAAUGUUGCUACCGAUGAUUUCCUGAUUGCCCUUGCCAAGCGGUGCCGUGAGGUUGGUGCAGUCCUUGUCUACGACGAGAUCCAGUGCGGCAUGUCCCGAACUGGUAGCUUCUGGGCCCACGGCCAUCUGCCCAAGGAAGCCCACCCCGAUAUCAUCACGACCGCCAAGGCCCUUGGUAACGGUUUCCCCAUUGGUGCCACCAUUGUCAACAACAAUGUCAGCGAGAAGAUCAAGAUUGGCGACCACGGUACUACUUUUGGUGGCAACCCGAUGGCCUGCCGACUGGCGCACUAUGUGGUGUCACGCUUGGCGGACCCCGAGCUCCAGAAGGGCGUCGCCGACAAGUCUGUCGCCCUGAAGAAGCGAUUCGAUCAGCUCCGGGAGCGAUUCCCCGACCUCAUCAGCGAAGUCAGGGGCAAGGGUCUUAUCCUGGGCCUGCAGCUCUCGCAAGAUCCGACGCCCAUCAUCAAGGCCGCUCGUGAGAGAGGGCUGUUGAUCAUCUCGGCCGGCACCAACACUCUGCGUUUCGUGCCACCUUUGACCAUUACUGCCGAAGAAAUUGAGUCCGGACUGAACAUCCUGGAACAGGCCAUUGAAUCGACCCGAUAG